AUGGAUCCUGAUGCAUUAGUAUCUCUUUCUUUUUGCUCUCGAAAAACUCACUCUGUCAUAAAAACUCAACGAAGAGCACCAUUCGAUGGACGUCUCUGUGUUUCGGAAUACCCCAGAAAUGUAUCAUUCCGUACAUUUCAAAAUCACACUUGCGUCUUGAGUGUAUGUAACUCCUCAUUCAUUACAAGUAAGGAAAGAGAAGAAAUGGAAUACGUAAGAAUGAACUGGAUGUAUAGAAGAGUUCCAGUGCAUAAUUCAAAUGGAAAUCUUGUUUGGUACUGGUAUGAUACAAAGGAGGGAUUGGAAACUAUCACUGAUUAUGUGACCGAUCUAUUCAAUAUUGAUGUAUCAGAAGUCUGUGUGCUUAGAGAUGCAAUUAAAAUGAUCAAAUGGGUGAACUGGAGACAAACAACGCGAUUGAAAAAAGUAGUCUACAGAGCCUGGGAUGUCAUUCUAUCGCAAGAAAUGAUUUAUCUUCUGAAGAAGUGCACAACUCUAUCUGAAAUAAGCAUUCACUCAGAGGCUCCACCCAAUUUCCGCAUCUCAAAAAAGUUUCGAAGAAUCGAUUACUUAGAUAUCUGGUACGGACCAUGGGUGACAAUCAAUAACCUAUUGACCAUGGAUGGAAUUGUUAUUCAUUUGGAGAAGUCUUCUCUCACUAACACUGAUUUGAAUGUCUUCAUGAAGCACUGGCUGUCUGGAGGGUGUCCUCGAUUGAAAUUAUUCAGCGCUAGAACUGGUUCUGUGGAUAUCUUACAAGUACUUGAUGGUUUACUUCAUAACGCCGUUUUUGUGGAGGAUCGCCGUGAUUACAACUGCCCCUACGGUCACCGCUGGAUUUUGUGGGAUGGAUAUGACAUCCGACGUGCGGAUGGUGUGACUGCUACUGUAUGCCAUCAGCCACUGAGCACCUUAGUCAUUGCAGUUUGGCCAGAGACUACUCAUAAUUAUACUUAA